AUGAAAAGGUCAAGACCAAAUACAGAAACCCAGAAGCCGAAUCAGCGUCAAAAGCUCAUGCAAAGUGCCACUUCCUGUUCAAGUACGGAUGUGGAGAAGGCGCGGAAACACACUGAAAAUAUACGUAGAACAAAGUUUUCAAUUGGAGGGAGAAAGAAUCCAUUGAUGGAGGAUUUUCACCAGGCUGUCAAGAAUCUCUCUGCUGAGCUUUAUGCCAAGGAUGUCCACUAUUUCAUGGAACUCGUUCAGGAGGUUGGUAUUUUAUGUGAUUCUAUGCCACUUGUAAAUAACUAUGGAAAUCUAAACAGACAAAGGAAAGGGGUUCUUGUCCCUGCCAAAGGAAGCAAAUGGGUGAGAUUGACUGGUUCAAAUCCAUGGACAGAUGAAGGCUAUGUUGAGUUAGCAGAAAGCUACUUGCAACCUGGUUAUUUUGCAGCGGCUGAGUGCUGUCUGUACUUCAUCAAAUUUUUGAGGGAAAAUUAUCUUCCUCAGGACAACUUCAUCAACAGUAUCAAGGAUAAGAGAAGGCUAAGGACAUGCUGUGGUGACAGGUCUCCAGUUGAAUCUUUUUUAUUUGACAAGGAAUGGAAAACUGCAUCACAAAUCAGUAUCAUCCCCUUCAUCGAUCAAGGUUACUUUGGAGAGGAAAUCCAUUCUUUUAGAGAGGAACUUAAGUCUAUUGGUGUGGUAAUUGGCUUCAAUGAUCGUUACCAAUUCAUUGUUGACAACUUAAAAUCACCUUCUUGCUUGACUUCUCUCACAGCUGAGACUGUUCUUUUUAUACUGGAAUGUAUACGUCAUCUUGGAUCAUCCACCAAACUUACUCAGGCAUUGAGAGGUGUGAAAUUCUUCAAGAUGAAUCUUGGUUACAAGCCUCCAGGAGAAUGUUUCUUUUUUGACCCUCAAAGGGUUUGCAUUUUACAUGUUUUUGAAGGUUUUGCAUUUAUUGAUCAUGAUUUCCAUGGAAGCAGUAUUUUCUCUUACAGAAAUGAGUUAAAGAAAACAGGGGUUCAGGUGGAUUUUGAGGAGGCGGUCAAAGAAUUUGCUAACAGAUUCAAGCAGGAGAAAGCUAGAAAGCUAAAAAAUACCCCUUAUUUGUUCCCUUCAGAUCUUACAAAAUCCAUCCGUGAUCUCAAGUGGUUGCAGACUAGGCAUGAUGAUAGUGACAACUAUUAUGGCAAGGACAUUCAUGAAUACAAGGAAGAGUUGAAGAACAUGGGAGUUGUUGAAUUUGAAGAUGGUGCGAAGCUUGUGGCUGAUGGUCUUCUCAUUCCCUCGGAUCCCACCAGCAUAACUCCUGUGAAUGUGUUGCCAAUGCUGGAAUGCAUUCAGAUUUUAUGGCAAGCUAUUAAUUAUUCUUUUCCAAAUUCUUUCUCAAAAGAAAUUUCUAAGAAAUGGUUGAAGACCACUGAUGGUUAUAGACCCCCAGACAAGGGCUUAUUGUUUGAUUCUAGUUGGGGCUCUUAUUUGCAGCGGAUUGAUGGACCUUUCAUUGAUGAAGAUUUGUAUGGCUCUAACAUUACAUCCUACAAAGUAGAGCUCAAGAAAAUAGGAGUCAUCCUUGAUGUUAAGGAAGGAUGCUCAUUGAUUGCCAGCCACCUUGAUGUUCAUGUUCAAUUUUCAACUAUAGUUCGAAUAUAUAAUUACUUGAGUAAAUGUCAUUGGAAACCAGACAGUGAAGUUGCCAAAAGGAUUUUUAUCCCAAAUGUGAAUCAGAAUGGAGAGUGGUUUAGCUCCAAAAAAUGUGUUCUGCAUGAUGAGGAUGGUCUCUUCAGUUCGCAGCUGAAAGUUCUUGACAAAUAUUUUGAACCCAAGUUACUUGACUUUUUCUCCAAUGCAAUUGAUGUUGGAAGCUAUCCUUCAGUGGACAAUUACUUUAAUCUUUGGAAGGUUUGGGAAAGUUCAGGCCAACCAUUGUCACAUGCUGACUGUGGUAAGUUCUGGUCUUUUGUUUCAGAUCAGGGAAUUGUAGAGACUCUGGCUGAAAGGAAAAUAGGUGUUCGCCCUAUAUCUGAAUCUGUACAGAAGGAAGAAUCAUCCUCAGUGGAUGUUGCUAAACUCAAUCAGGUGAAUCCAAAGGAGUUCUUUAUUACGAAAGGUCUGGUUAUGCUCAUCCUUGGGUUUCUAGCAAAUCCUGUGAUGAAAAUGGAAGCAAAAAGCAGGCAUGAAACUAUCCAAAGGCUUCUGAAUGUUACUUUCCUUGAGACAGUUGAACUGAUCACUGCUUCAAAGUUUUUUGCAAAGAAGUUGGACAGGUCUAGUGGAUAUAAAAAUCUCAUUGAAGCAAUAUCUGAGGGUUUGUUAUGGGAGAACAGCGAUCAUAUUGGUGCACUCUCUGAACUGACCAAGUUGGCCUUUAUUCUGGAAUUUGGUGAGGAAGCAGUCAUGCUUUUAAUGAAGUCCAAGAAUUUGCAAAUUAUCAAGGACAAGGAGUUCCUCUCGUCUGCCUUCCCUUCAGACUAA